UGCUCCACAUUGUCGUUUGGAGCGACGCUCCGCCUCUGACCAUCACAAAUCUGUGUCUGUGAGAGAUGAGCUAGAACAGAAAGCCGUCCGGACUGUGUGCCUGAACAGCAGAGUCCAGAACCAUCCCAGGCCAGCUUGACUGUCUGUUCGGCGAUGGCCGCGGCUGUGGAGAGAGGAGGGGUCCGGGCCGCCUUCAUGAACCCGAUUAUCGGUGCGCCCGCUCCCGUACCCGCUCCAGCGGCGCCCGGAGGACCAGCCAUAGCCGGAGCUGCGGGUUUGGGCUCGGGUUCUGCGGGUUCGGGUCUAAUCAUGCCCGUGCCCAUGAAUCUGUUUGCAACGUGGGAAAUAGACCGUUCAUCUCCGAGCUGUGUUCCGAGGUUGUGUAGUCUGACACUGAAGAAGUUAAUCGUUCUGAAAGAGUUGGAUCGUGAGCUCAGUUCUGUGGUGAUUGCUGUCAAGAUCCAGGGCUCAAAGCGCAUCCUGAGGUCUAAUGAAUACAUGCUUCCACCCAGCGGCCUCAUGGAAACAGACCUUGAGCUCACCUUCUCUCUACAGUACCCACACUUCCUGAAAAGAGAUGCCAACCGGCUGCAGAUCAUGCUUCAGAGGAGGAAACGCUAUAAAAACAGAACGAUUCUGGGCUACAAGACGCUGGCUGUUGGCGUCAUUAAUAUGGCUGAGGUGAUGCAGCACCCGACUGAUGGAGGUCAGAUUCUAGGUCUCCAUAGUAAUGUGAAGGAAGCAUCAGUGCGUGCUGCAGAACUAAGCGUGUAUUCACUGUCCAGUCAACCUAUUGAUCCUGAAGACGGCAGCGGACAGCCAGAGACAAAGGCCAAAGCUUCAGACCGUUCUCCAGAUAUGGAUAACUAUUCUGAAGAUGAUGACGACAGUUACUCAUCAGAGCAAGAAGCCAGUGAUGACGCUGUUCAAGGCCAGGACCUUUAUGACGAGGAUGAUGAUGUUCAGCGGAAACCUAAAAAAUCUCGUAGGAAAAUGAUUAGAACCACAUCUAUGAGUCGGCAACCCAAUUUCAAGCAGAAGUUUGUUGCUCUCCUGAAACGAUUCAAAGUAUCUGAUGAGGUUUUGGACUCUGACCCGGUGGAUCAGACACAGGAAGUUGAAGAUCUGGAUCUUUUGUAUGACAGUUUGGAGGUGUAUAACCAGAGUGACAGCGGCCCAGAGAUGGAGGACAACGAGAGUCUUCUCAGCACUCCCAAACCCAAACUCAAGCCAUUCUUCGAGGGAAUGUCUCACUCCAGCUCGCAGACGGAAAUUUGCAGUUUACACAGCCAGAAAAGUCAACCGAGAGAGCAGCCCUCCACUGGUGUAGAUCUGUUAACAGUGGAUAAGAACAGAGCACCUGGCGGGCGAUACGCAGAUGGCCCUACAGUGGUGGACUCUACAGCUGGGGAACCGACGGAGGACGAAGCGGGCGGGGGCGGGGCCACAUGUGACACUAACAUAAAUUGGGACGUGAGUGCCGAGAAAUUAGCGGGAACUGUGGGCAAACUCUGCAAGACUGAAUCACAGACUUUCAUGUCGCCUAGUAAAACAGAAAGUAAACUGCAGCGUCGUACACAUAGCACAUCUAUGAAGGAUCGGCAGAACUCAAAAGCUCAGAGUGAUCGAACCAGCAGCAUCGAGAGUGAAACUUCGCCAGACUCUAGGCUCAUAACACAGGUUUGUGUGCCGAGGAAGUCGGUGUACGAUCAGCUCAAUCAGAUCCUGAACUCUGAUGAACAGUUGCCAGAGAGUAUCAUUCUCAUCAAUACUACAGACUGGCAGGGACAGUAUUUGAAUGAGAUUCUUCAGGAGCACAAGCAGCCCAUGGUGUCCACUGUUUCCCCCGCAGACGUUCAGGCCGCAUUCAACACCAUCGUCACCAGGAUUCAACGAUUUUGUAACUGUAAUGCACAGACGCCGCCCACCAUUAAAGUCGCCGUUGCGGGCGAUCAAAGUUACCUCAGUACGGUCCUCCGCUGCUUCGUGGAGCAGCUCGCUAACAAAACGCCUGAUUGGUUGAGCUACAUCCGUUUCCUGGUCAUUCCUGUGGGUUGUCAUCCACUGGCCAAGUACAUGUCAACGUUUGACAGCAAGUUCAAUAACAUCUUUAUGGACGCGGGAUGGAGGGAUGUGUUUUCGAGGUUAGAGGUGCCCCCUUCAGAUAACAUUGAUGUGGCCGGACGCGUCUCGCAGUAUCUGGCCGGAGCAAAUCUCUCUCAUCAGUUCCCUAUUUCAGAGGCCAUGCUCACCUAUAAACAGAAAAGGAAGAGAAGUUUGUAUUUUGAUUUUUACAUCAGCCCUGACGAAGACUCGUGUCAGAAGUUUGUGCCAUUCAUUGGGUUGGUGAAAGUGGGAAUCGUGGAGCACAACUUGUCAACAUCAGUGGACUCUGAUGAUGCAGUAAUGGUGGGCAGUGUCAACAUGCUCUCUUCACCUCCAGCACAGACGGGAAUGUCAUACGGCAAAGACAUGACCGCCACUCCUCCAUCAUCUCCUUCUGUUUCUGCCAGUCUCUCUGGAGCAGGUUCUCCAGGUACAGGUGGUGAGGUGAUGGGUCUCCAGGUAGAUUACUGGACUCUUCAGGGCUCAGAGAAGAAAAAAGAGAGCGAGAAGAGAGAUGUUGGCAUUAAAAAUACCCUGAAGAGUAACUUCCGCUCCAUGCAGGUGUCCAGAAUUCCCAGUGGGGGAGAAGCAGCCCCUCCUCCAGGCAUGGCUAUGACUGUUGUCAUGAAGGAGAAGAACAAGAAAGUGAUUUUCCUGAGUAAAAAGCCAAAAGAAAAGGAUGUGGAUUCUAAAAGUCAGGUGAUCGACAGCAUCAGCCGACUCAUUUGCACGGCCAAGCACCAGCACACCAUGCUCAAGGUGUCCAUUGAUGGUGUAGAGUGGCACGACGUAAAAUUUUUCCAGCUGGCUGCACAGUGGCCGACACACGUCAAGCACUUUCCUGUGGGAAUUUUCGGCUACAGCAAGCCCCUGUAACCUACCAAUUCCGGAACCUUCUCUGGCUCAGACCUCACAGAAAGUGGAUGACUGCCUGAGAAACAAGGGGGAUUAAACAGACAAAUGGAUUUUCCUGUGGAAAUGGUCAAUGUGGAAGUCUGUGUCGAUGACAGAUAUGUUGUUAGUUAUGUCACUAGUCAUUUUUGUCACUCUGACAGUGAAAGAAUCAAUGACGUGUUUGAAACAAGCAUUGUCUUUUAUUUUAAGAUAAACAGUACAUGUUGUUGUAGGAAAUGUUCAGGCUCAUACGGCAGCUUGGGUUUGCACUUUGUUGGGUUAUAGUUCGUUAUUAUUUCUGUGAAAUUUUCUGUGUCGAUAUUUGUUCUAUGUACAAUAUUCUAAGUGGGAUUUAUUAAGGGAGUUCAAUUGAAUUUGUAUUCAAAAGCUUUGUCUGUUUGUGUGGGAGGUGUUGUUUGAUGAUGCCCUGUGAGUGAUAUGUAAAUAUUUCCGAGUUGGGCGGCAGGUUAAUGCACAGAUGGAAGGGGUUAAAUGUAAGUGGGAGGAAUUAAGGAACAUUUGAGUUGUUGAAAGAUUUUAGGGUAGCUGUGAAUUUUAAAGGGCACAUCAUUUCAUUUUUAGCAACAUGCACACUUUUUAGGUUAAGAAAAGAUCGUUUUUUCUGACUAGUGCCACUACCUGGAUGAAUUUCAAAGUUGUAUUGGGUAGGAAAGCACAUUUGUACUAUAGUGAGGUGCUUUGGAUGUUGUAUGAAAACUGCAGCUUAUCUGGGUUCAUUCUAAAGGGAAGUGACAACCAAUUUAUAUUCAUUUGAAAGUAAUAUACGCUUUUAAAAGCCCUUUAAAUAGUUUUAGCCGUUCUGUGUGGGGAUACAACCAGAUCAUUUCUAUUUUUACUCUUCUACCACUUUUACCUAUCUCGGAAUCUCUUAUGGUGACGUUACAAGUUUUCCAAGAGAUAUUGGAAUGCUGUGUGUGUGUGAUGGAGACAGGGUGCAGUUACUGCCAGCCAUUAAGGGCUUAUAGCAGAAAAAAGAAAAGAUUGUUAGGAUGACAACAGGACAUCCUUUCCAUCUUUGAGCUAUUUUGGUGUUGGAUCUCAUUCUGUUUUCUUUACAAAUAUCACCUGUAUAAAAAGUGAGGGAGGGAGAUCAAAUAGUUGCUCUGUCUGUGGUUUAUUUCUGUGUUUGAUUGUGUUUGUAUGAAUGAAAGAGUUUGGUUACUUAAGACAGUUUGAGGUCUUCCGUAUUCAUUUUGGAAGGUGAAUUUGCUGUUACAAGGGGUGGUUUCACACAAAUAUAAAAAUUCUGUCAUCAUUUACUCAACCUCAUGUCAUUCCAAACCCAUAUUAUUUACUACAUGAUGACAGACUUUUUAUUUUUGGGUGAACUGUUCAUUUAAGGCAAGUGAAAAAUGAAAUAUAGUUAUAUUUCUGGAAACGUAGUUCUGUCAUGAGCAGAACUGUUACUAUUCUUUUUAUUAUAUGGCAUAACUCUUGUUUUUUUUGUACUGAUUUUGUGAUUUGGGGGGGUCUUAGAUUGAGUUGGGCUGCUGAGUUUUUUUUUAACAUUUCGGGUUGUUUUUAAGCACUACUUCUAGGGCAAUGUCAGAUGUUUUAUUCUCUAAAUUAAACUAAUAUUUGACCUGUCUGUUCUAAAUAGAAAUGCUGACAUUUGUACCAACCUUCUUUCUAAGUUUGACAGUAUUGACUCUAAAUGAACCACUUGAGGAAAGCUUUUCUUCUUCGAUGCUCUGUAACGUGUGUACAUAAACAUAUACUGCCAUUUCAUAUCUUUAUACUGGUUUUAAUUGUCAAACAAAUACUAAAAUGAUUUUAACCAUGACUGCGUUGUUAUUUUUUUCUUUUUGUACAUUUAGUAGUAAUGUUUGUUUUUCUAGCUCUCUUUUUAAAGGAGUUGAUCUCUUUUAUAAACUUACUUUGCAAACAAGGUUUUCAUGAAGAUAAAGAUGUCAAUGGGCUCAUUGAGUGCCCUGACAAAUCCUUUUUCUUUUCAGUAUUAGACUAAUUGGAGAAUUGUGCAAAUAAA